AUGGACUUCUAAUUGCCGAAAAGGUAUGGGCUCAAUAAACCUACUUUUAAAGUGAUGUACAGUAUUAGCUAAUUAGGGCUGGCUAGCAUUUUGCUAAAUUUGAUUCCUCACUCAAACAACUGAAAAAUUUGAAUACAUUCAUUGAUCUCUCUAAACCUAUUUAAGAACUUAAUUAUAUAGAGCAUAGGAAAGUUCGUCAGAUUAUGUAGCAUCUAAAAUUUCAAGCAUAGAGUCGAAAAUUCAUCAACCACUAGGAUGAAUAGAUUGCUGCCAUCAGUUAAUAAUUGGAAAUAGAAUUGGAGAAUUUAGCUAAAGAAGAUUGUCCAACGCCCUAAGUUGAUUUAGUCAAACUUAAAUUUCCAUCAUAAUUGCAAAAUAAAUUUGUACAUGAAUCUGCAGCUACUCUUGAAACUCAUUACAAUUUGCAUCGAAUAAAGGAAAAAAUGAAUUAUCGUAACAUAACCUUAACUGAGAGUGAUCUUCUAAACAAAAUUACUUAAAUUAACUUUCAAACCUCAAGAAAUUGUGACACUAAAGAAUUUUAUCAUAAUUUUAAUACUUCUCAUAAAAGAGGAAAAAAAGAACCAUAACUAAGCCUUGAUGAAAAAUACUAGAUUCUAAAGGAAUAUUUAAAAGAAAGAGGUAUAGAGAUGGGAAGGAAAGAAAGUAUUCCAAAUGAAGGAUACUUGUAAUUCUAUCAUGAAGCCACCAACAGAUUAAUAAAAUAAACAAAAGAAUAGUAACUUUUAAAGUUUAGAAAGAGUAUCACUUUAAAGACUGCUCCUGAUAAUUAGGAUCAUUCUCCUCAUAAAAAGAUGAGUGUAACAAAAGUAAUUACACUACCAACAACUGUAGGUACUACUACUCCUGCAAUAAAUGGAAUAAGUCCAAAUAAUUUAACUGUACUUUAACAAUCCUUAUUAAAAUUGAAUACAGGAAACAAUAGUUCUCCUAUUUUAAUUUCUCAUAGACAUAGAACAGAAAAGGAGAAGUCACCCGAAAAGACAUAUUCUGAAAAAUGGUAGGAUUUCUAGAAUAAGGCAGAAGCUUUACAAAGUUAUUAUCUUCAUGAAGGAAAGGAGUGUUUAUAAACAUUGGAUGAUUUAGAAAACACUAUAGAAAAACCUUACUUAAGGCAUUUUAAUUAAAUAAUUAAAGUAGAACAGGAGUAAGGAAAUCUGGAAGAACAAUAAAAAUAGAACAAAAUAAUGAGAAAGAGGAAACAAAAUUUACCUAAAAAAAUUAGAAUGCAAAAGAUAUUCAAAUCUGAAUUAUAGUGA